AUGUCUGGCCUUCCUCCGCGCCCCGACGGCGCUGUGCCUCCCCCUCCUGGACCCAGACGAGAGACUGGUGGACGCUUCCGCGGGCGUGAUGACAGGCCGCCGCGCGGUAGAGGUCGUGGACGCGGCGGUGACAGAGCGUACAAUCCGCGCUAUGCCAGAGACUCAUAUCCUGCGAAUGACAGCUUCCGGGAUGAGUAUCCGGAGCGGGGAGACCGUGGAUGGCAGGAUAACUCGAGGAACAGAGGAUAUGGGCGACCGUACCCCGAAUCGAGACCACCUAGGCGCGAGCCUGAGAGGGAUACUUACUAUGCUGGCGCUGCGCGAGGAUACGAUGAUAGAAGAGACCCUUACCCCUCUACGUCUCGCGACUUCCCACCUCCUCGAGGAAGGUAUGACAGGGAAACCUCGCCACGCCGGGAUGUAUAUGACCGACGUCCAGACUAUCGACGUCGAACUCCCAGCCCUCGACGUGGUGCAUACCCUCCUGAGAGCCCUUCCAUGUCUCGAGGACGCUACCCGCCAGACUACGAACGGCCAAGCUCGCGCUCCUCCUCUCGCAGCCGCUUCACUGAAAGCCCCGUCGUACCUAAACUCCAACGCGAGUCCUACGACCGGCCCACAACCGACAAUGACGAAUUGGAAGCUGGCCAACUGAUCUCUGAGCCUGAGCCACCCUCACCGCCUCCGCCUCUCAUCCACCGCAUUAGCUCCCCGCGUCGCAGUUCCCCUCCACCGCCUCCCAGUCGGUUACCGGGUAGGCGCAGGCAGCCUCGCAGAUGGGACGCGCCUGGACCUGGACGUCGCAGGGAUGCUUCGCCACCCACUCAGCCCCGCUUCCGUGGCAACUGGCAGCCCAUUCCUACGGAUCGAGCACGGACGCCUUCGCCGCCUCCCUCAGAAGAGCCAAAAGAGGAGGACAUAGAGAUGGCACCUCCACCUUCCGCAGCAGAGCCGCAGCCAUCAUAUCCCGAGGCUAUCCCUGCAGAAGUGCAGCCUGAACCUGCUCCUGCACCAGGACCGCCCGUACCUGCCAACCAUGGUGACAUCGUCAAGCAAGCGUACGGGAACAUGCCCACGCCCGUGAUUGUUCCCGCGUCUGCGCCUUCUAUGCCCGCGCCGAAGAAGGCGUCGUGGGCGAAAGCAGCAAUGGUCCCCGCCAAUGUUCACAUUGUUUCCACUCCGGCUGCAUCGACAUCGCAGUCGGCUGUAACGGCAUCGCAGUCUGCUCCUAUGGCAUCUCAGCCGGCACCCGUACCACCACCACCUGUCGCACCUACGGCUGCGCCCACCAGGACUGAACCCAAAGAUGAGCCCAUGGAAGUCGACGAAGUACCCGCUAAGCGACCGACACCGCAUGUGCCCUCACCAAUUCCCGAGAUCAAGUCGCCAGAGCUAAAGAUUGAGUCGCCAGCAGAGCCGCAAGCUUCCCAUGUCGGUCAGCCCACUCCUGCGCAGGCCAGCCCAGCUACACCCAACCUUGCCCAUGCCCCUCCACCGAGAGACAUCAAGGGCAAAGGUCGCCUCGGAGCGCCGCCGUCGCAGCCCCGAGGCUUCACCCUCCCCACCGAGCCUCGCAGCAUGGCGGGCCACGCCAACGAUUCAAGAGGACAGACGCACCCGAUCCCCACCGGCCCUCGCCUCAACCGCAAUGCAUCGUUGUCCACAUCGACCUCAGGACCCUCGUCGCUUCCUGCAAAACCAGACUCCCUGCCUCCGACGCCCGUCCUGCCAUCGCCCGCCGCGGCAUCGCCCCUGGCGCGCGACUCGCCUGCGGUGGCUGCAACACCAGCCGUGAGCUUACCACCCACGCCAGCGACGUCAACGCCUGUGGCUGCGACUUUGGCUACGCCUAUGCCUACUGGAGUCAUGGGCUCGCCAUCGCUAGGCGUUGCUGGCUCGUCGGACAGCCCCGCAAUACUUCCGCCGGGUGGGAUCAAGAGGGAGUUGUCUACCGCUUCGUCUGCUCCACCAGAAGCACCUGCCAAUGCGGCAGAGGUCAAGGCCGAAGCAGAGGACCCGCACCACUUCAGAGUCCGGGCCUACGUGCCACAUCACGAACGGCAAGCCCUCGCCCGCAAACGGCUCAAAGUUGCUAAUUACGAAGAACCCCGCACGGACCUCGAUGCCCUCUACGACGAGCGCCAAUCCUUCUACGCCCAGCUGCGCUCCUUCCAGCACGCCGUCGCGCGCAAGAAUUCGGAGUACGCGGCGAGCGCGGCGGCGACGGGGCGGUUGUUGCUGGAGUAUGAGCUGGCGGGGAACGAGGUGCGGUAUGCGCAGAUGCGGCACGCGAUGGCGGAGGAGCAGACGGAAUUGGCGAAGCGGGGAUGCUUGGGAGUGGACUACGGGAAGUAG